AUGGGAAUCUCGAUAGUGAGGGUGGGGAAGGUACUUUUGUGGGUGGCUGUGGUGAUGAUGAGUUUCAUCUCUGACUCACGCGUACAAGGAAUAAGGAAGAUGGAGAUGGAGAUCAAGAAGAAUAAGGGUGGUGAAGGUGAUGAUCAUGGCAACAACAAAUUAGGGAAAAAGGAGCCAGAGUGGUUCUUUGAUGGUCCUGCUGCGGGAAAUCCCAAUGUUCCUGGUGGGGUUGGUGGCGGUGGUGGUUUUGGAGGAGAGGGGAAAGGGUUUGGUUUUAGUUUUGGCGGGAAGGGAUCCUAUAGUUACAGCUAUGGUACUUCUGGGAAACCUGCCAAUGCAAUUGGUUUUGGAAAGCCUGAUUGUGUUGGAAAAGGUGGCGGAGCUGCUGGUGGGAUAGGCAAAGGUGGCGGAGCUGCUGGUGGGAUAGGAAAAGGUGGAGGAGCUGGUGGUGGGAUAGGCAAAGGUGGCGGAGCUGCUGGUGGGAUAGGCAAAGGUGGAGGAGCUGCUGGUGGGAUAGGAAAAGGUGGAGGAGCUGCUGGUGGGAUAGGCAAAGGUGGAGGGUCUGGUGGUGGAAGCCACCAUAAGACUAAAAUAGAGAAGAAGCACCAUCAAGGUGGUGCUGGAGGUGGAAUUGGGGGAGGCAUCGGCAAAGUAAUUGGUGGUGGAGGUCAUGGUGCUCGAGGAGCUGGUCAUGGAGGCAUUGGCAAAGGAGGAGGUGUUGGUGGCGGCAUCGGCAAAGGAGGGGGUGUCGGAGGCAGCAUUGGCAAAGGAGGGGGUGCUGGUGGCGGCAUUGGCAAAGGAGGAGGUGUCGGUGGUGGAGAAGGGGGUGCCGGAGGAGGUGUUGGUGGCGGAGGAGGGGGUACCGGAGGUGGUGUAGGUGGAGGAAUUGGUGGUGGUGCAGGGGGUGGCAUCGGUGGUGGUGCAGGGGGUGGCAUCGGUGGUGGUGCUGGAGGCGGCAUAGGUGGUGGUGGUGCAGGAGGUGGCAUGGGUGGCGGCGGUGGUGGUGGUGGCGGUGGUGGCAUGGGUGGUGGUGGAGGUGGCGGCAUGGGUGGUGGUGGAGGUUUUGGUGGUGGUAGUGGAGGUUUUGUUGGUGGUGGUGGUGGUGGUGGAGUUGGGGGCGGAUUUGGUGGUGGUGGUGGUGGAGGAUUUGGUGGCGGUGCUGGUGGUGUUGGAGGUGGAGGAGGAGGAGGAUUCGGGGGCGGUGGCAUUAUUAAUAAUGGACAUGCAUAA